AUGGUGGUUCGAGUUGAGACUAUUUCGGCAGGGGACGGAACCAACUUUCCGCCAAUAGGUUCCUACGUAAGUGUCCAUUAUACAGGCAUGCUGGUCGAUGGAAAGGUUUUUGACUCCUCGAGAAAAAGGGAAGAGCCAUUCAAGUUUCAACUAGGCCUCGGAAAAGUGAUAAGAGGAUGGGACGAAGGAAUCUCUCAAAUGAGCCUUGGCGAAAGGGCGAAAUUGAUCUGUAGUUCUGAUUAUGCUUACGGCGACCAUGGGUAUCCUGGUGUAAUUCCAAGCAACGCCACUCUUGUUUUCGACAUAAAACUUCUCGACAUCGAAAUGAAAUUUUAA